AUGCAACAUGCUCUGUUUACAUUAAAAAUUGAUUGCUGUAAAUCUGGUUGGUUUGUUUUAAAAAGAUCUGUGAGGAAUUUUUCCGCAUCACCAACAAAGACCUUCUAGGAGUCUCCAUGGCAGCCACUGACAAGUACACACCAAAGCUUCUGAAAUUAUACAGAGCCAGAAAAGGAGCGUUUGGACAUGAAAUGGAAGAGCUCCUGGAAAGACUUGAUGAAAGGACAACAGAAAUUGUUAAUCACAGAAGGACUUCUGCUUUAGAGGGCCUGCCUUUGUUUCUUCGAGAGAAACAAACUAACCUUUUCAAGAAAUGUAAAGAAACUGAAGAUAGAACAAAGGGCGUAUCAGUUGGCAUUCUCUAUGUUACGGAAGAUGACUACCGGGCAGCAUCACCAGUGAUCCAGAACAUUGCUGUUGUACUGGAAGAGGUUGUUGUUUUGGAAGACAUUCCAGAUACCUCAAGUGCUGUAGCAUACCUCUUUGGCCUUCUUCAUGCACUCAACUUUUCCUAUCCCAAAGAACUCCGGUACACUUUUGACACAAUUCAGAAUGUUUUCAUGGAGCUUGGGACUGGAUGUACGCAACGUUAGCUUACUCUUAAAAACAAGAUGUUAAACUAAUACUGUAAACAGUGUUGUGUCAAUGGUCUGAUGUUACAAAGACCUAAUGUACAAUUUGAGUACUAAAUCUGAUUCAUGAGAGCCACUGUUUAGGCACUGUGUUCAGUUAAAUGGGUAACAUUUCAUAAUAACUACACACUAUGAAUCAUUUAUUAAGCAUUAGCAAAUAGUUAGUUCAUUAUUUGUUAAGUAUUAACUCUAAUAGGCAUUAAUAAGCACUUUAUAAAUACAGCCACAACUGGCUAUAUUCUUAAAUUGUAAUUAAUUGCAUUUUCAUACUUUGUUAAUGAUUCUUUUUUUCAUUACAUAAGUAUUGCAUUAUUUACAAACCAGUUAUUUAAGAAUAGGUGGUGGUUUUUUCCAGAUCAUUCAGAAUGUGAAAGUACAUUAUUAAUAAACUAUUCAAAUAACGUUCAUAUAUCUUAUUAUUCAGGCAUAUACUAUUAGUUUAUUUAUAUAUUAAUACACGCUUUAUUAACUCGACUUCAUCCAGUUUUGUGACCUAAAGUGAGGACUAUUUAUGCUUUAUAAAUCACUUAUAAAUGACUAUUAAAGGCUCAGUUAUAUUCCGAACAGGGAAAAAGAGCAUGAACUAUUUCAUUCAUUUCUGUUUAUUUAAUGAUACACAAAUGAAACUAUCAAAUGAAAGAAAAAUCUUUGCAACCUUAUCUAAAAUGAAGUUACUGUACAGUUUACACUUUGCUAAAUAACACUGAAAUGUUAUAUCUUAAUAUAUUGUUUUAUCCAAUUUUAUUCAAUUGUAUUUAUUGCUAAUUGUAUUUUGACAUUUCUGUUAUUCGGCGAUGUUUAAAGUUUACAGUAAUUUUAUUUUUUUAGAUUAGAUUGCAAACAUUUAUUGUUCAUUUGAUACUCAGCUUUUUAAUUGUCAUUUAUAAGAGAUUUAUAAAGCAAAAAUAGUCUCACUUUAGAUUAGGUCACAAAAAUGGAUGAAGUUGAGUUAAUAAAGCAUUUAUUAACAUACAUAGUAACCAUUACUAUAUGACUGAAUAAUAAGAUAUAUAAAUGUUAAUUUGAAUAGUUCCAUUAAUAAUUUACUAACUCAUGCUGAAUGAUCUUAAAAACCACCAGCUACACUUAAAUACAAAUGGUUUGUAAAUAAUGCAAUACUGAAUUCAGUAAGGAACAAUUAAUAAAAAGCAAAGUUUGAAAUACAAUCAUUAGCUUAUAACAGCAUUUGUAGCUGUAUUUAUAAAGUGCUUACUAACGUCUAAUAAUGUAGAGUUAAUGCUUAACAGAUAAUUGAUUAACUAUUUGUUAAUGCUUUGCUAAUGAUUCGUAGUGUGUUGUUAUUAUAAAGAGUUACUGUUAAAGGUUUUAAAAUUAAAAGGUUUACAUUUUAAUAUUUAGAUUUUGUCAAGACACCCAAGCACUUAACUUUUGUUUUGGUUUAAAUGUUUAUGGAAACUGGUGUCCAAAUCAACCCUUUUGUUUAUAAUUUGUGCAUAAAAGCAUUCAAAGCAAAUUUAGUUUGUGUUAAAUGCAAUGUUUAAAUUGUUAAUUUCUGUGCUGUUGUUACAGUUAAAAUGUUAAAGCUUGCAUAUGUGCCUGCAAAUUAGCAGAAAAGUCUGUAUACUGCAAAGUUUGUAAUUUGAAGCACUUUUCAUCUAAAAUAUUUACAAAUGUUUGUGCUAUUUCCUGUUGUAAAGCUUAUUUAUCUGUUGCUUUCAGUGGAAAUAAAUUGAAGAAGUAGUAA